UAGUAAUUUUUAAAAAUAUAUUUCGAGAAUUUAUUUUUUCUCACUGAAUUUGCUACAUACAUAAUAAUUAUACGAAGGUUGAAAGGGUAUCUAUUUCAUCGUUGAAAUCAUUCUAAUCCCGACAACGCCAAGUGCAAAAAAAGAUGCUGACAUAGACAGCCAAAGCCACCAUAUCUAUUUGGCUCUCCUUCUCUCUGUCAAACAAAAACGUUUCAGUGAUCGGUGAUAGGUAGUUUGGACAUGGAAGAAGCCUUCUUUAGCAGCAGUGUUUCUGUGCUCUCAAUUUUUUUCACAGCGUUUGCCAUAUUAUUGGGCUACUUGUAUAGGCCUUACUGGGGUGUUAGAAAGGUCCCAGGGCCUCCAACAAUUCCUCUCUUAGGGCACCUUCCCUUACUUGCAAAGUAUGGUCCCGAUGUUUUCUCCGUCCUUGCCAAACAAUAUGGCCCCAUUUUCAGGUUUCACAUGGGAAGACAACCAUUGAUAAUAAUAGCAGAUCCUGAACUUUGCAAAGAAGUUGGAAUUAAGAAAUUCAAAUACAUUUCAAAUAGGAGCAUUCCCUCUCCAAUCUCAGCUUCUCCUCUUCAUCAAAAAGGUCUGUUCUUCACCAGGGACGCAAGAUGGUCAACCAUGAGAAACACAAUAUUGUCGGUCUAUCAGCCAUCACACUUAGCUAGCCUAGUCCCUACGAUGCAAUCAUUCAUUGCGUCUGCAACUAAGAAUUUCCAAUGCUCUAAAGAAGAAGACAUCACUUUCUCUAAUCUUUCCCUCAAACUAGCCACAGAUGUUAUAGGCCAAGCUGCAUUUGGAGUUGAUUUUGGUCUCUCUAAGCCACAAUCUUCCACAGCCAGUGAGUCGAUCAAUAAUUCUCAUAGCCAAGAUAAUGACGAUGAGGUCUCAGACUUCAUAAAUCAACAUGUUUACUCAACUACACAACUUAAGAUGGAUUUAUCAGGUUCUUUUUCAAUUAUACUUGGCCUUCUUAUCCCUAUACUGCAAGAACCUUUCAGACAGAUUCUCAAGCGAAUUCCUGGCACCAUGGACUGGAAAGUUGAUAGGACUAACAAAAAUUUAAGUGGUCGGUUAGAUGAGAUUGUAGCGAAGAGAAUGAAGGAUAAUAACCAGGGUUCUAAGGACUUCUUGUCGCUCAUAUUAAGUGCAAGGGAGUCAGAGACUCUUGCGAAAAAUGUUUUUACUCCAGAUUAUAUUAGUGCAGUUACUUAUGAGCACCUUCUUGCUGGGUCAGCGACAACAGCGUUCACACUGUCUUCAAUUGUUUAUUUAGUCGCUGGACAUCCAGACGUUGAGGAGAAGUUGCUUGCAGAAAUUGAUGGGUUUGGUCCACCUGAUCAGAUGCCAACAGCUCAUGAUCUUCAAAACAAGCUUCCCUAUCUUGACCAGGUGAUUAAAGAGUCCAUGAGGUUCUAUGUUGCUUCCCCAUUAGUUGCCAGAGAGACUUCAAAAGAAGUAGAGAUAGGAGGUUACCUUCUCCCAAAGGGCACAUGGGUCUGGUUAGCGCUCGGAGUUCUAGCUAAAGAUCCAAAGAACUUCCCCGAGCCAGACAAGUUCAAGCCAGAGAGAUUCAAUCCGAAUUUUGAAGAAGAGAAACAAAGACACCCUUAUGCUCUCAUUCCUUUUGGAAUAGGGCCCAGAGCUUGCAUUGGCCAGAAAUUUGUCCUACAAGAAUUAAAGCUGUCGCUGAUAGACCUUUACCGUAAAUAUAUAUUCCGACAUUCUCCUAACAUGGAAAAACCUCUGGAACUUGAAUAUGGCAUAGUUCUCAACUUCAAGCAUGGUGUAAAGCUUAGAGUCAUAAAACGAAGAUGAAGGAUACUUUGUGCAAUCUGCCUUGUUGAUUCAAUAAUGUUUAGGCCUAUUAUAUUUUAAUAUCGUAAAAACAGUAUACAGCCAUGAUCUAAUGGGCCGAGGAUGGUUAUAUCAGAACUAAUUGAUCUGCUAAAUUUCAAUGAUCUUAAA